AGGGAUCUUCGUCAGGAGGCGACGGCGGCACCGCUGUGACAUCACCCCGCGGCUUAUAUAGUUGGGGAAGGGUCUGUGUCCCCCGUCUGGUGCCUGCAGCCGCCCGACAGCACGCGUGCGGAGGGCGUGGAGCGGCGGGGCUCUCUCUGUCUCUCUCUGUCUCUCUCUCUCUCUCUCCGUCUCUCCUCAGGAUUUAUGGACUUUACUUUCUAGAGGGCGGCGCGGCAAGGAUGAGAGUCCAGCUAGUGUGCGUGGUGCUGCUGGCCCUGGCCUCCUGCAGCCUCUGCUCAGAUUCAGAAGAGGAAAUGAAAGCAUUAGAAGCAGAUUUAUUGACCAAUAUGUACACAUCAAAGAUUAACAGAGCAAAACUUCCUUACUGGAAAAUGACCCUGCUAAAUGUCUGCAAUCUUGUCAACAACCUAAACAACCAAGUGGGAGAGACAGUAGAGGUAGAUGAAGAGGAUCUCGUUUCAGGAAGACAGCUUCCCUCUCCUCUGGAUGGCUUCAGCUUGGAAGCAAUGCUGACAGUAUAUCAACUCCAAAAAUUUUGCCACAGCCGAGCCUUUCAGCAUUGGGAGUUACUUCAGCAAGAUGCUUUUGAUCUAGAGAACUCAAGCCAAGAAAAAGAAAUAAUGAAGAGAAAAAAUCCCUAUAUUCUGAAACGGCAGCUACAUGUGAACAAAGCUAGAAGACCAUACAUACUCAAGAGAAGUUCAUAUUACUGAUGCAGCAGAAGAAAACAAUGUAUAUUUAGUUUAUAGGUAACUGUGUAUUAUGGUUAUCUUAUCUAAAUCUAAAAUCAUACUUGUGUGAAAAUAUACUCUGGAAAAUCAAGAUGAUAACAUAGCUGUGUCUUUUUUGCAAUUGCUGUUUCUCGAUUGUGAAUUUUUCCUACUUGAGAUUAAUUGGACUAAUACAUUUGCAAAUAAAACUAGUUUUUAAGCAUGA